UCCCUCCCCCUCUCAAAGCCAACCAACCCCACUGCCUCUACAACUGCAGUCUCUCGUUACCCCGUAUCCAGAGAUAGGGAGAAAGACACAUUCAUAGAGAGAGAGAGAGACAGAAAGAGACAGAAAGAGACAGAGAGGUAGAGAGUUAGCUUAUCAGCAUGGCCGCCGCAAAGACCACGGGCCGGGCCCGCCAGUCUCCCGCCGUUCGCCGUACCGCCACCUCGAAUACCGCCUCCACGGUAGACAGCGAUGUGUCCGCCGUCGCCUCACCCCUCGACUCUCCCAGACCUUCGGCCUCGUCCACCUCGCUGUCGUCCCUAGCCUCGGAAGACGCUGCUGCCACCACCACCACCAAGAAGUCCCCCUACGGCAAGCUCAUCGACACCUACGGCAACGAGUUCGAAGUCCCCGACUACACCAUCAAGGACAUUCGUGAUGCCAUCCCCAAGCACUGCUACGAGCGAUCCGCCGCCACAAGUCUCUCCUACGUCGCCCGCGACAUUGUGAGUCUGGGUACCACCUUCUACCUCUUCCACAACUACGUGACCCCCGAGAACAUCCCCUCGACACCCGUGCGCGCCUUGCUCUGGGCCUUCUACACCUUCGUCCAGGGUCUGUUCGGCACCGGUAUGUGGGUUCUGGCUCACGAGUGCGGCCACCAGGCUUUCAGCCCUUCCAAGGUUCUCAAUGACACUGUCGGCUGGAUUUUGCACUCGUCGCUUCUUGUGCCUUAUUUCAGCUGGAAGAUCUCGCACGGCAAGCACCACAAGGCUACCGGCAACAUGGAACGCGACAUGGUCUUCGUACCCAAGACUCGCGAGGAGAAGGCCUCUCGUCUCGGCAAGCUGGCUCACGAGUUAUCCGAGCUGGGCGAGGAGACCCCAAUCGUCACCUUCAUCAUGCUUCUCGGUCAACAAUUGAUUGGCUGGCCCAACUACCUCCUGACCAACGUCACCGGCCACGACAACCACGAGCGCCAACCCGAGGGUCGAGGGAAGGGCAAGAAGAACGGCUUCUUGAACGGCGUCAACCACUUCAACCCGAGCAGCCCUCUGUACGAGGCCAAGGAUGCCAAGUUGAUCCUUUUGAGCGAUCUCGGUCUCGCAAUCACCAUCUCUGUUCUUGUCUACCUGGGCAACAACUUUGGCUGGUCUAACCUUCUCGUGUGGUACUUCAUUCCUUACCUCUGGGUCAACCACUGGUUGGGUAAGUGUUAAUCGUAAUCUGUUUGUAUCUUGCUGGGAUGGCAAGCUAACCUCUCAUUCUAGUUGCCAUCACAUUCCUUCAGCACACGGACCCGUCUCUCCCCCACUACACCGGUGAAUCAUGGAACUAUG